GUCACACUAAGUCACCGACCGACGGCUUUGUCGUCUCUCGGCCCUUCUUGACGUGUGCAAUUCUCGUUAUCGUCCUCUUUACUCCACAGCUCGUUCUCCAAUCUCUUGACUGCUUCGACCUCGGCUUUCCUCUUCUUCCUCUGCUCUUCACGGCGUCCUUUGUUCCUCAUGUCCUCCGACUACCUCUUCAAGUAUAUUAUUAUUGGCGACACAGGUGUUGGCAAGUCAUGCCUCCUCCUACAAUUCACCGACAAGAUCCAGCCGGUUCAUGAUCUCACUAGUGUCGAGUUCGGCGCUCGUAUGGUCACCAUCGAUGGCCGACCCAUUAAGCUCAGAUUUGGGGACACUGCUGGGCAAGAGUCAUUUAGAUCCAUCACUAGAUCUUACUACAGAGGAGCAGCGGGAGCCCUCCUAGUUUAUGACAUCACAAGGAGGGAGACAUUUAAUCAUUUAGCAAGUUGGCUGGAAGAUGCCCGACAGCAUGCCAGUCCUACCAUGACUAUCACGCUCAUAGGAAACAAGGGUGAUCUGUCUCACCGAAGGGCUGUGAGCAAAGAGGAGGGGGAGCAAUUUGCAAAGGAAAAUGGGCUUUUAUUCUUGGAGACUUCUGCAAGGACAGCCCCAACACGUUGAAGAGGCUUUUAUAAAAACUGCUGCUAAGAUUCUUCAGAAAAUUCAGGAAGGAGUCUUUGAUGUCUCCAACGAGGUAAUUAUCAACGGUCGUUUUGA